UGGGUACUAUCACAAUCAGAAGUUACACCUGUCAGGUGUGGUGUGAAGAAUCACCUGUUUGUCACUACCCAGCACUGUAAACAUGAAGACAGUUGUGGCUCUCUGUGUUGUGUUGGUGCUCCUCUAUCACGUCGAGGGAGCGGCACCUGGGACGCACUGCACUAGUUCCCACACCUGUGGCAGCUGUUGCAGGGACAGCAACGACAAGGUCAUUUCAACAGACCAGGGCAAUGGACCAUUUGGCGGAUUCGGUGGGUUUGGAACCCUUGGAGGUACGCGUAAUGGCACGUGCAGCACCAAGAAAUCUGUGAAGGGGGAAAUAUGUGACAGCUCGUGCCAGUGUGACACAGGCCUGGCUUGUUAUCGGCCAAUGUCCGGCGUCUGUUGCCCACCGUCCACGUGUGUCGAUGAGGCCUACGCCAAACAUCAACACGAAUAUUGGGCUAACUGUUUCGCCAACCCGAACUGUGCUUUUCCUAAAUACACUGUAAACAUGAAGACGGUUGUGGCUCUCUGUGUUGUGUUGGUACUCCUCUAUCACGUCGAGGGGGCGGCACCUGGGACGCACUGCACUAGUUCCCACACCUGCGGCAGCUGUUGCAGGGACAGCAACGACAAGGUCAUUUCAACAGACCAGGGCAAUGGACAAUUUGGCGGAUUCGGUGGGUUUGGAACGCUUGGAGGUACGCGUAAUGGCACGUGCAGCACUAAGAAAUCCGUGAAGGGGGAGAUAUGUGACAGCUCGUGCCAGUGUGACACAGGCCUGGCUUGUUAUCGGCCAAUGUCCGGCGUCUGUUGCCCACCGUCCACGUGUGUCGAUGAGGCCUACGCCAAACAUCAACACGAAUAUUGGUCUAACUGCUUCGCCAACCCGAGCUGUGCUAUUCCUCCAUAAACGUUAACUUCUUGUACUUGAAAUAAAAAUGACAUAUGAA